UAUAAUGAUAUUAUAAAAAUACAAAUCAUAUUAUUAUUUUAAGAACUGAUAUUUUUUUUUUUUAACUUGAAUUCCAAAUGUAUUUUUAAUAAUGCCGGUUGAAAAAGGAAAAAAUGUAGCAGUCGUCGUUCUUGGAGAUAUAGGCCGAAGCCCUCGUAUGCAAUAUCAUGCAGAAUCAUUGUCAAAUUGUGAUUUUAAUGUUGAUAUUAUAGGUUAUGGUGACACAAAGCCUCUUGAUUCCUUAGUAAAUAAUUCCAAUGUUAACAUAAUUCAUUUACCACCAUUCCCUUCGUUUACAUUACCAAAACUACUUACAUACGUUUUAAAAACAUUAUGGCAAAGUUUGUGCCUGUUAUUUAUCCUGCUAUAUAAAAGAAAAUCAGAUUACAUCCUUUGCCAAAAUCCACCGGCAAUUCCAACAUUAUAUAUAUGCUGGUUUUAUGCUCUUGUUGUACGUGCCAAACUAAUAAUUGACUGGCAUAACUAUGCCCAUACAAUUAUGGCACUUCAGUUGGGCAGGGAACACAAACUCGUACAAUUAGCUUCCUUUAUUGAGUCACGUUUUGGAAGACUUGCUGAUGGACACCUUUGUGUAACAAAGGCUAUGAAAUUUGAUCUCAAAAAAACGUGGAAGAUCAGAGCAACAACAUUAUAUGAUCGUCCACAAGAGUCAUUUAAACCUAUCACAUUAGAAGACAAACAUGAAUUAUUUGAACGAUUAGCAGAAGAAUACCCUAUUUUCCAAUCUGAGGAUAAAACUAAUAAAUUUACACAUAUUGUUGAUGGUGAAGUACAAUUAAAGAAUGAUAGACCAGGUUUGUUGAUCAGUAGCACAAGUUGGACCGAAGAUGAGGAUUUUGAAAUAUUAUUAAAUGUUUUUAAAGAUUAUGACAAUGCUGAAAAAGAGCACAAUCUUCCACAAUUGAUAUGUAUUAUCACAGGAAAAGGUCCACUUAAAGAAUUUUAUAUUGAGCGAAUUAAAAACCUUGGAUUGAAAAAUAUAUUAGUAUUAACUCCUUGGCUUGAAGCUCAAGAUUACCCAAAACUACUCGCAAGUGCUGAUUUAGGAGUGUGCUUACAUACGAGUUCAAGUGGACUCGAUUUGCCUAUGAAAGUUGUGGACAUGUUUGGAUGUGGACUUCCUGUUUGUGCAUUUAAAUUCAAAUGUAUAAAUGAACUUGUGAAACACGAAAGAAACGGUUAUACAUUCACAAAUUAUAUACAAUUAAAAGAUCAAAUAUUCGAUUGGUUUAGAAACUUUCCCAACAAUUUAGAAGAGAACGAAAAACAAAACAGAAUUAGAAAUAAUAUCAAAGAAUUCCAAGAACUUGGAUGGUCUGAGAACUGGAAUGCAAAUGCAUAUCCAUAUUUUAAAUGACUUUGUUUUAGAAGAUUUGUAUCAGAGUUAUAUUUUAGAAUACAUGUUUUAUUUUUAUGCAAAUAAAUAU